CUUCUUACACACAGUUAGACUUUCCUUUUCCAUAGUCCAAACUCGAAAGCGUGUAGUUAUAACACAAGAGAGAAAAAAGAGAAACAGAAGAAACAGAGAAUGAAAGAACGAAGUGGUGGUGGUUGCAGCAACUACAAUUACAAUUGCUCAAAAGGGAAAAAAGAUGACUCUUAUCAUGUACUUCAUAAGGUUCCUUAUGGAGAUACUCCUUAUGUCAGAGCUAAACAUGCUCAGCUGGUUGAGAAGGACCCGGAGGGUGCUAUUGCAUUAUUUUGGAGGGCAAUAAACACAGGGGACAAAGUGGACAGUGCAUUGAAGGAUAUGGCAGUGGUGAUGAAGCAAUUAGACAGAUCUGAAGAAGCCAUUGAAGCUAUUUGUUCAUUUAGAGGACUAUGCUCCAAACAAUCCCAAGAGUCCCUUGAUAAUGUGCUUAUAGAUCUUUACAAGAAAUGUGGAAAGAUAGAUGAGCAAAUAGAAUUGUUGAAGAGAAAGCUGAAGUUGAUUUAUGAAGGCGAGGCAUUCAAUGGGAAGCUCACAAAGACAGCACGGUCCCAUGGCAAGAAGUUUCAAGUUUCUAUUAAACAAGAAACCUCUAGAUUACUGGGAAACUUGGGCUGGGCCUACAUGCAAAAAAUGAACUAUGUGAUGGCUGAGGCGGUGUACCGGAAAGCCCAAAUGAUCGAUCCAGAUUGUAACAAGGCUUGUAACUUGGGCCUGUGUCUCAUUAAACAAGCCCGGUAUGAAGAGGCGCAAACAAUUAUUGAAGAUGUAUUAAGAGGAAAUUAUCCUGGCUCAGAUGAUAGCAAGUCAAAGAAACGAGCCCAAGAUCUCCUAACAGAGUUAAGAUCUAUGCUUCCUCCACCACAUUUCUCAGAUCUUUUAGGCCUGGAUGAUGAGUUCAUCAAAGGCCUGGAACAGUUGAUUAAUGAAUGGGGCCCAAUUAGAUCAAGGAGACUUCCAAUUUUUGAGGAGAUUUCUUCAUUUAGAGACCAGUUGGCAUGUUAAUUAUAUGCUUUGUACAAAGGAACUGGCAUUUCUUUCUUUUUCCUCUUUUAUAUAAGGGUGGAAGUUGUUUUUUCAGAAGAGGUGUAUAACAUAAGGUGAGGAGUGAUAUAGACUAUAGAGUGAAGAUAUUGAUGUAAACUAAUAGAGGCUGGCAAUAUGCUUCUUUAGAGGUCAAUUUCAAUAUUAAAAAAAGUUGGACAUUCACUUUA